UGUACUCCCCGGCGCCGCGCCCCCGGGCGCGCCAGAGCGCCGUGCGCCCGAGACGCAGCCGCUGGUGCCGGCAGGGCAGGAGCGGCGCCGCGCCCUGGGCCUCGCGCUUGGAGGACAGAUGUGACCGGGCGUCGGGGCGUCGUGUGGACCUGAGCUCCUGUGAGGCGCUUCGGCGGCGAGAUGCAGGCGGACGAGCCCUGCGCCUCUGGGGCCCCAAGCGCCCCAAGCGCCCCGGGCGCGCCCAGCGGUCCCCGAGCUCCGGAGACGGAGCGCGAGCCGGGCCCCGAGCUGCGCCUGUCCAGCCAGCUGCUGCCGGAGCUCUACGCCUUCGUGGCUCGCGUGCUCUUCUACCUGGCGCCGGUCUACCUGGCCGGCUACCUGGGGCUCAGCAUAACCUGGUUGCUGCUCGGCGCCGUGCUGUGGAUGUGGUGGCGCAGGAACCGCCGCGGGAAGCUUGGUCGCCUGGCGGCAGCCUUCGAGUUCCUGAACAACGAACGCCACUUCAUCAGCCGCGAGCUGCUGGGCCAGCACCUGCCAGCCUGGAUCCACUUUCCAGACGUGGAGCGGGUCGAGUGGGCCAACAAGGUCAUCGCCCAGAUCUGGCCGUACCUGAGCAUGAUCAUGGAGAACAAGUUCCGUGAGAAACUGCAGCCCAAAAUCCGCGAGAAGAGUGCCCACCUGCGGAGUUUCACGUUCACCAAGCUCUACUUCGGACAGAAGUGCCCCAGAGUCAACGGCGUCAAGGCUCACACGAACAAACGCAACCGGAGACAGGUGACCCUGGACCUGCAGAUCUGCUACAUCGGGGACUGUGAGAUCAGCGUGGAGCUGCAGAAGAUCCACGCUGGCGUGAGCGGGAUCCAGCUGCAGGGCACCCUGCGAGUCAUCCUGGAGCCCCUCCUGGUGGACAAGCCCUUCGUGGGAGCGGUGACCGUCUUCUUCCUGCACAAGCCGCACCUGCAGAUCAACUGGACAGGCCUGACGAACCUGCUGGACGCACCGGGCAUCAACGAGGUCUCAGACAGCCUCCUGGAAGACCUCAUCGCUGCCCACCUGGUGCUGCCCAACCGCGUGACGCUGCCUGUGAAGAAGGGGCUGGAUGUGACCCACCUCCGCUUCCCUCUGCCCUGUGGAGUCAUCAGGGUGCACUUGCUGGAGGCGGUGAAGCUAGCUGAGAAGGACAACUUCCUGGGGCUUGGGGGCAAGUCAGAUCCCUAUGCCAAGGUGAGCAUCGGCCUGCAGCACUUCCGGAGCAGGACCGUCUACAGGAACCUGAACCCCACCUGGAACGAGGUGUUUGAGUUCAUGGUGUACGCGGUCCCUGGGCAGGACCUGGAGGUGGACUUGUAUGAUGAGGACCCCGACCGGGACGACUUCCUGGGCAGCCUACAGAUAUGCCUGGAGGACGUCCGGACCAACAGAGUGGUGGAUGAGUGGUUUGUCCUGAAUGACACAGCCAGCGGGCAGCUGCACCUGCGACUGGAGUGGCUUUCACUGUGCACUGACCAGGAAGCUCUGACCGAGGACCCUGGCGGUCUCUCCACUGCCAUCCUCAUUGUCUUCCUGGAAAAUGCUUGCAACCUGCCGACAAACCCCUUUGACUACCUGAAUGGUGAAUACCAAGCCAGGAAGCUCUCCAGAUUUGCCAGGAACAAGGUCAGCAGAGAGCCUUCUUCCUACGUCAAGGUGUCUGUGGGUAAGACGACUUACACGAGUAAGACCUGCCCCCACAGCAAGGACCCCGUGUGGAGCCAGGCCUUCUCGUUCUUCGUGCGCGACGUGGCUGCUGAGCAGCUCCAUCUGAAGGUGCUGGACGACGCCCAGGAGUGUGCGCUCGGAGUGCUGGACGUUCCUGUGUGCCAGAUCCUGCCCUGCGCCGACCUCACGCUCGAGCAGCGCUUUCAGCUGGACCACUCGGGCCUGGACAGCCUCGUGUCCAUGCGGCUGGUUCUGCGGUUUCUACGCAUGGAGGAACGCGAGCUGGGCAGCCCAUACACAGGACCCGAAGCCCUAAAGAAAGGCCCUCUGCUGGUCAAGAAGGUGGAGGCCGAGCGCAGUCCUGCAGCCCCCUGGCAGCAAGGCGGCCCUGCACAUCCGCCACAGGCCCUGGCCCCUGCCCCUCCCGGCACCCAGGACACCUCCAAGAUCCCCACUGCCACCAGCAGCCCCAGUGCUGCCGCCGCCUCGCCCGUCCCCAACGAUGGUGCCAGAGGGCUCCGUGAGCCCGCUGGGGAGAGCUCAGCCACCAUCUUCCUGACAGUCCCUGGCCCCCACUCUCCAGGGCCCAUCAAGUCGCCCCGGCCCACGAAACGCCCUGCCUCCCCAUUCGCAUGGCCGCCCCAGCGGCUGGCUCCCAGCGUGGCCUCACUCAGCUCCCUGGCCUCCUCCUGCUUUGACCUGACCGACGUCAGCCCCAGUGCCGAAGGCGGGGACGGCAGGCAGCGGCGGCUGGGCGAGGUCCAGCUCACAGUGCGCUACGUGUGUCUGCGGCGCUGCCUCCGUGUGCUGGUCAACGGCUGCAGAAACCUGACCCCAUGCACCAGCAGCGGGGCUGACCCCUACGUCCGCGUCUACUUGCUGCCAGAAAGAAGGUGGGCGAGUCGGAGGAAGACCUCGGUGAAGCACAAAACCCUGGAGCCCCUGUUCGAUGAGACGUUUGAAUACUUUGUUCCUUUGGAAGAAGUCAAGAGGAGGUCACUAGAUGUGGCGGUGAAGAACAGCAGGCCGCUUGGCUCCCACAGGAGGAAGGAGCUGGGCAAGGUACUGAUCGACUUAUCAAAAGAAGACCUGAUCAAAGGCUUUUCCCAAUGGUAUGAGCUGACUCCUGACGGACAGCCCAGAAGCUGAGGAGCACUGCUGCCACGGUCAUGGUCAAC